GCAGAACAAGGGCAUGGGACAAGCAUAACAUUUUUGCCUCGUCCCCAACGGGGAAGCCAAAUCAGAAAAUCGCGAAAAGACCAAUAGAAUCCCGAGAUCCGUGGUCAAAAAUCCUGCACAGGGAACCCUUUGGCCAUCAUGCUGAAGUUGCAAGAAAAAGCGAGACAAUUGGAUACCCUAGCCGGAGAUCCCCUGUUACGAAAUCAUCACAAUCUCGUACAGCUUUUCAGAUUAUUUCACGAAUGAAUGAUUUGGUGUCACUUGUUGGCGGAAUACCCGAGAUGAGUUCGCUUUCGAACCGGACAGAUGAAAAAGUCACCUCGUUGCAGGAUCCGGGUUUCGAUGAUUCUCGUUCGAAGUCGGUCCUGAAAAUGCUCAGAUCGCCGAAAAUUGAGACAGCUAAACCGACUAGGGAAACCCCUUCAGACUUUUCGAAUUUUGAAUGCAGGCUCGAAGCCAAGGUCAACAUGAUAACAUUUGCUUGGCCCGAGGUUCCUUCAAUAGUGUUGAACACGAAGAAUUCACCGUCUACUUCGGAGCUGACUUCGAGUGCGAUGCCGACGUGUUCGAAAUUCAGUGAUGCCACGUUUCUG